AUGAGUGACAAAAUCCCUUCAUGGAAUGUCGUCCACAAGCUGGAGAAGCGACAGCUUCUCAUCGGGAUUAACUGCGUUGCUGGGUUGUCUAUUUUGUUCUUCGGAUACGACCAAGGAAUGAUGGCUGGUGUAAACAAUGCAAAGGAUUAUAUUGAUCUUAUGGGAUUCGGUUAUACUGAGGUAGUGGACGGAGAGGUAACCCCGGUGGUCACAAAUUCCCUCCUGCAAGGUGGGAUUGUAUCGGUCUACUACCUGGGAACCCUUUUCGGCGGAUUACUUGGUGGCUGGCUUGGAGACCGCACGGGAAGAAUCAAGACCAUUGCAGCGGGUGCUCUAUGGGCUAUUCUAGGCGCCGCUCUGCAAUGUUCUGCACAAAACCACAAUUGGAUGAUUUGCGCACGCUUCGUUAAUGGUAUUGGAACUGGAAUUUUGAACGCUAUCGUCCCUGUCUGGGCUACGGAGACGGCCGAACACACCUCGCGCGGACAAUUCAUUGCUAUUGAAUUCACGCUAAACAUUUUCGGUGUUGUGUUGGCCUAUUGGCUGGAGUUUGGUCUGUCUUUCAUUGACAACGGAGAGUCAGCCUUCCGCUGGAGAUUCCCUAUCGCAUUCCAGAUCGUCUUCCUCCUAGUCCUCUUUGCGGCUGUCUGGUUCUUCCCAGAGUCACCUCGAUGGCUUGUCAAGGUCGGCCGGGAGGAAGAAGCUCGCUACAUUCUACAGCGUCUACGUGGAUCUAGCGGAGAGGACCUCCUCCGAGCGGAAGCCGAGUUCCAGGAUAUUUUGAGCAUCGCAGAGCUAGAGCGGACAGUGGAUCAUGGUGACUCAUAUCUGUCCAUGCUAGUUGGCUACAAAUCAGGUGAUCUUCAUAUCGGCCGUCGUGUACAGUUGGUCAUUUGGCUACAGAUCAUGCAGGAAUGGGUUGGUAUCGCGGGAGUUACUGUUUAUGCACCGACCAUCUUUGGCAUUGCUGGGUUUGAUUCGAUGAAGAGCCAGUGGAUUAGUGGACUGAACAACAUUUUCUACAUGUUUGCUACGCUAGUCUGUGUCUUUACUCUCGACCGCAUCGGUCGUCGGUGGACUUUGUAUUGGGGAGCAGCUGUCCAGGGUAUUGCUAUGUUCCUUGCGGGUGGAUUCUCCCGUCUCGCUAUCGACAACAAGGCAGCCGGUGACAUGGCCAAGGCAUCCUCGUAUGGUGCAGCCGCAGCUUCGAUGAUUUUCAUCUUUACCUCUGCAUUUGGAGCUUCGUGGCUCACAGUCCCUUGGGUUUACCCGGCUGAAAUCUUCCCCCUAGCCGUUCGUGCACGUGGAAAUGCCUUCGGUGUUGUCGGAUGGAGUAUUGGGAAUGGAUGGCUGACUCUAUUGUGUCCCGUCAUGUUCAACGCCAUUGGCGAAAAGACACUCUACGUCUUCGCCGCCAGUAAUGUCAUCGCCAUCCCCAUGGUGUGGGCUCUGUACCCUGAAAGCAACCAGCGCACCCUGGAGGAUAUGGAUCUCCUGUUCGCGGCUAAGACCCCUGGACUUGGGAUGCAGAGAAGACCUUUGCGCGCCUCAAGGCGGAGAACCCAGGCAUGGUCCAGUCUCUCGGUCACAAGGGCAUCCGGAGAUCUGCAGCCCCCAACACCAACCCCAGACCAUCAAGAUCAAGACCCCAAACCCCAGGAAACCCUCCAACCCGCACUACCCACAGCGCAAACAAAAAAAUAUCUCCACCGCAUAUCCAUGCACCCAACACUAACCCCGUAUCGCCGGCGCGUGUAUCGGACGCUCCUGUCCGUCCCGCCAGGUCGGUGGACUACGUACUCGGCGAUGGCGACGUACCUAGGUUCCAGCGCGCGGGCGGUUGGCAAUGCGAUGCGCAGCAAUCCAUUUGCGCCGGAGGUGCCGUGUCAUCGGGUGCUUGCCGCAGAUGGGUCGUUGGGUGGGUAUAAGGGGGAGUGGAAGGUUGAUGCGCAUAAGGGUGGUGGUGGGUUUUGUGAGGAGAAGAGGUUGAGGCUUGAGGAGGAGGGUGUUGUUUUUUUGGACGGGAAGGUUAGGGGAGGGCGUUUUGGGGAAUGGUAA